UACAUGCGCAAACCGGAAGAAGGUGAAAAGUAGGCAAGGGUGAGCUUUUUUCCCCCCAUAUCUUUUGUGAAGACGACUUUAUUUUCUCCAACGUGCGCAUCGUUUAUGACGUGUUUACAUGUUUGUGUUAGUAAAUAUGUAUUUGUUCUAAAUACUGUUUUCGGUUUGAGCAAAUUAACUCAGCAUGGAUUGUGGACUAGCUUCAGCAUGUAGCUAACGUAAGCAUACCUAGCUAGCAGUCAAAUCUACACAACCUGCGACAUAUAUAUUAGAACAACGUUAUGUACUAAAUACGGUAACUAAUUAGCGAGCCAUUAGAAAGAGGGUGUUUUCAUAUCACCAAUCUCAAUGGUUGGAGGUUUGUUUGAAAGAAGAGUAGUAGUAGUUAGCUACUAGCUAGGGCGUUAGUGCGGCUUGCUAACGCUAAACCAAAGAUUAUGGUUGAGCCUCCUGAGGAACGCGCGUUAACGUCCUGCCAGGACUCCUGGAUCUGAGCUAGCUGCUAGCUACUGUAGCUUCCAUACUAUCACAAAUACUGCAUUGACAUAGCCCUAUGCUUGGUAUUUCCUAACCUGAAUGUUAAUAGCUAAUGUGCACACCAUGCAUUAUUGUCAAACUAAUACGUCACAUCUUCUUCUUUCGCCAGUUAGUAUUGACUGUCCCUGUUGGCAUUACCCACUCCCAAUACUACUACAUAGACUUGACCAGACUAAACAAGUAAGUGGAAAUAUUUUGCUUUCCCAAAAAAAAUGUAUCCAGUUAUGCAUAAGCAACAUUUCCACCAGGUCUUCCCACAUGUAGGCAUGUUCAUGAACACCUACCACAGCUUUGAUUGUCAUUAACUGUGUAAACUUCCCCUGCUGUCUUCUUUGCAGUGGCUUACAGGAGAGACAGAAACAUAAGGGAUGUCUAUGAGGAACGCUUCCUACCAGACAGAGCGGUGAGUGUUUUUUUCGGUGGACAAUGUUGUUCGGUUUAUAUAUUUAUAAUUGUACUCAUUUACUUUCCAUUAUAAUACUUAACAGAACCUAGCUGAGGAAUGCUCAACUCCGUUCUCUUAUAUCGAGGUGGAGUUGAGUAUUGUUAACUGGUCACUGCUGAAAUUCAUAAUUUUAAUAAAAACUUUUAUCGAAUACAACCAUUUACUUUUUCCUAAUUUGGGUUCUGGUGGCCUUGAAGUACUACGUCAGCUGAGAUUCAACUGGCACAAAAGUUGAGCAACACAAAUGAGGAAAAAGUAUAUGGUUGUAUUCAAUAAAAGUUUUGAUUAAAAGUAUGAACUUCCGCACCUGCAGUUGUACAGGUAAGCGUUUUCAGAAUGUACAUUUGUGCAAGUAUCGACUGAUGGUGCCUCAAUGUCGUUGCUAGCAAAUCGCGCGACUAGUUAUCAAUACUCAACUCCGCCUUGAUAUAAGAGAAAAGAGUUGAGCGUUCCUGAGCUCCACAGAACUGUGUUUUGUUUCCAUCCUGAAAAUUACAUGAGUUCUAUGAUUGACUGAACAUUUAUUUACAUGAUUUUUCUUAAAUAAUAAUAGUAAAUAGCUUUCUAGAGGACAUAAACCUAAUCUUGUUUCUCUUUAUCUUCUUGUAAAUCAUUGUAGGCCCCAUAUCCCAGAUCAGCUGGAGCAGGGCCUGUAGAGAGGAGGCCGGCUGGUUUUGGAAGGCCAGACGAGGAGUACAAUCGAGGGUUUGAGUACGACGGGCCUCGCUUUUAUCCAAAUGGAGGCCCUCGAGGUUACCAUGGCGAGGAUCAAGGAGGCUACCGUGGCGACAGCAUUCAUUUCCCUAACGAGCGCAGAGGUGUUCCACCUUCCCGGAGAGUAAGUGGCUUGUUGUCAUACAAUGAAUAAACCCUUACUGUACACGCACAAUUAAGCCUUAUGCCAAGGAAACAUAAUAUUCCAUUUCCAUUUAGUCAUUUAGCAGACACUCUUAUCCAGAGCGACUUACAGUUAGUGCAUACAUUAUUUUUUUUAUACUGGCCCCCCGUAAUAUCUGCACAUCAAUGUACUGUACAUGCUGGUUUUACAAGCACAAAAGAAUGUGCCCCAUAUCGGUUGCAUUAGUAUGAUUUGAGAAGCUGCAAGAAAUAUUUAUCUUACAGUAGAAUGUGUACACCACAAUGGAAGUGCUUCUACAUCUUCAUUGCUUGCUCUUUGGGGUUUUAGGCUGGGUUUCUGUAUAAGCACUUUGUGACAUCUGCUGAUGUAAAAAAGGCUUUAUAAAUACAUUUGAUUGAAGUACUGAAUUUAGAUCAGAGUACAGUCAAUGCUAAAGUUAUAGGGUAUAUGAUUAUAGUACAGCUAGAAAUCCAUUCUAUUCACCGCAAACUGUAUGAGAAUGAGUUUAUUUCAACCUCUAACGACACUUGGUGUUCAGAUAAAGAAUUACAUGUUGAAAACAUUUACAGUUGAAUAGAAGAUGCUCUGUCAAUCACUUUCAUUGGUGCACACAGAGGAUUGGAAAAUAAUAUUUUAGAAAAUACUGUCUAAUAAACAACAGUUUGUUUUUCAAGAUGGGACACCUAUAGAUAUGUUGUUCAGUACUGCCAGCCCCCCAUGUAGUAGCAGGUUCAUUUCAAACAAUAAAAUAAAUUCCCUGCGUCUGUCUUCUAGCCGGAGGAGCCAUACCCCUACCCCGGUAGAGCGCCCCCUAGAGAGGACCCCCACUCAGGACGGCAGAUGGAGUUCAGGUAGGCACAACUGUCUCACACACACCUGGAUAUUUGUUUUGAAACUUUCAUCAGGAGAAUUGGAGCUUCAUCUUCAAGUAGUCUAACCUUGUAUAACCACUGUUCUGUUUCACUACAAGUAGCUCUCCUGACCCCCCCAAUGAAUGCUCUGUCAUUAUCUAAGUGACCAGAGGAUGGCAUUGUUGCUCCACUUGUUUACCAUGACAACCAGUCUUUUUGACAUAGCCUUCCCAAUCAGCCCUGUAGACUGAAGCCCAUGUCAUGUCUGUACUGAUUUGAACCCAGGUCUGGCCCACAUCGGCCACCGUCCACCUCCCUGCUCAUAUAGCUCUCUCCUGGGACUGGGAGAGAAACACAGAAACACCUCAGGGUCGACUGCUGCCGCUCUGCUUUCACACCACGCCACACCUGGGUUCAAAUGGUAUUUGAAAUCAUUUCAAAUAUAUUAUCUGGGCUUGAUUGAGCCUUGCCUGGCUUAAUGACUGCAUAAAAUAGUCCCAAAACAGCAAACCCCGCCCAUCUGGCAAUCCAUGCAGACUAGAGCAAACACUGAAAAGAUUUCAAAUGGUAGUUGAACCCAGGUCUGCACCACAAUGAGCGUACCAUUCCUUGUGGCAGCCCGGGGUCGCCUACUGGUCUUUAAAACCCUACCUAUCAGUGUCACUCUGCGUCUGGUAUAACCUGACAUGAUGGAGGUGAAGGAAGGUACAGGGAUAACGAUGGUGUCUACUGAGUCACCCUCCGGACAGCACCAACACUAUGAAACAGGACAUGGGUCUGGUCACAACUGUAUAAGGCAGUCACUACACUACAACAUUGGCCAGAGUGUGGCUGAGCAGGGUUCUGUGACUGUCCCGGGGCCAGGAGAGGUACAUGCGUGCAGCAGCAGCACUCACCUGUUUAUUUUAAGGGCCAGGUGUUCAAGGCUGUAGGUUUUUAUUCUCCUACGUUCUUCAGUUCCUCAGGUGAAGUAAUAGAGAGAGUAAUUACUGUGAUAAAUCAAGUCAGUGUUGAGAGGUUAUGAUAGUCACACGCCCCGAGGCCCACUGCAAUCCGGUUAGUUAGGUCAGGUCUGGCUGUAUGUUGUUAUUUGUCUUGGCGUAUUUACCUGUAGCGACAGUGUAAAGUUUAGGACGCACACAUAAAGGGACUGAGAGAUUGCUUAGUCUGAUGCAACCUGAAGUUGAUUGAUGUUCAAACUGUAUUUCUCAUACAAUUGCACUCUUGACCUGAACUACAAUCAACAGGAAUGAACUCAUUAGAUUGAGUCCUCCUUUUAAUGAUCACUGAUAAAGUACAUUCAGGUAGUGAUUUUGAAGUAUGUUCAGGCAUUCUACAGGAUUUGAAGACCGCUAUGUGUAGAAUACACUAACCCCAGGUUUAAGAAGGAGAGCAACCACCUUACUUAAUCAACACAGCAGAAAUUUAAGAAAAUAUGUUCUACUUUAACAACUGUCUCUAAUUCAAGACCUAGACUAUUCAUUUCACACCGUUGGUCAGUUUAGUCAGUUAGAGCCCACUGUUAAACAGCCAGGGGCCAUUGUUACAGUUCAGAAGUGGGAGGUUAAAGUAGCAGGCUAAUAUUUAGGGGUAACAUCGGCAGUAAAGACUGACAUGUGGUAAUUUGCUUUGUGUACGGAUAGGGUCAGACGAGGUCAUGUACCCUUCAAACAACACCCUGUGUGCGUCCCAAAUGGCACCCGUUCCCCUUUAUAGUGCACUACUUUUGACCAGAGCCCACAGUGCACUAUGUAGGGAAUAGGGUGCCAUUUGGGACGCAUCCCCAGGGUCAUUAAAGUUUUGUGAGGUCGGUCACUCCAAGCUGCUGGUUGGUUGGAGGACGGGGGGGGGAAGAGGACCAGGGUUCAGGCUGGGGUUGCUAAGACCAGGUGCCUUUAAUUAGUUUAUACCCUCGCCUGCCCCUCCUGCCCCUGGGCCUGCCUGCCUGGCUGGGUCGGUCUACAGCCUGCCGUAUAAGAGGCACAUAAUCAGCGAGCACCAAACCAGAGGGGAUCAACAUUCACAACAGGAGAGGAGAGAGAGGGCUGGAGGGUAAACUAAUGUUAAUGGUUUUACUGCUGCUAACACAGAUGUGUGUUUAGGAAGAUGAAACUACUAGGGCUUAGCCUUCGCACAGAGAGCAAUGGUAGAGUUUUAACAGAGCAAUUAAAACCAGUUGAAAAUACCAUUUAGCCUGAAGAUAUUUAGAUAAAUAUGUAGUUGGUUAGGUUUCUGUCCCAAUAUAUUUUGGAAGAAGCAUUGAUUCAUAAUGGGAUUUUCUUGUGCAUUUUCAGUCCUAAUAUGUAGCAGCACUUUUCCUCAUUUUACAAUUCCAGACCUGAAAGGAGAUAUACAAAUUCUUCAGGUUUUGGGCUCAGAUUGCGACCAGGGUGGUGUUCUGUUGAUGUGGUAUUUCGUCUCUACGGUACCUCAUCUUAAUGCCAUCUACCUUGGCCCGGUGCUCCCCUGUCUAGGAGUCCGUCUCACUGGUCUAAAACCUUCACCCCUACGACCCCGGGGUCCCCCCUCUCUCCACCCCUCUGUCCGUGUCUGUCCUGUCAGCACUACAGGCUCCAGUGCUGAUCCACCGUGGCCAGGGGAAGACUUAUCUAAAUAAACCCUUAAACAUCUUGACAGGAGUGUCUAGUGCCCUGUGACGGCCCCUUCUUAACCCAGAUGUAGCAGAAGGUGGAGAUCAGCAGUGGACCAACAGAGAAGGUUCAUGGUUGCUCUGAGUGGAGUGGUGCUACUGGAUACUGACUAGUGCUCAGUGCCUGCGGUCAAAUGACAGUUGAAGCCGUCUUGUUGAGCAGUCCCUCUAAAAUCACGUCUGCUCGCUCUGACACAGUGCAGAUGGAAAGCUUUGAUGAACAGCAGAUGUAGGCUAGUGGCCAAGACUCCCAAGACAUUCCCCUCCUACCUUUUUAUAUACCAGGAUUGCAAAGUGGUUGUGACCUUUGGUUAAGAAAUAGUCUACUGCUUCCACUAAUGUACUGUUUUAAACCUCUUAGUUUACCAUAGUCCUUUUAAAUUGCCAAGUACCUCCAGUAUUAAACCUGAUUUGUACAGUCUGCUGUUGAGAUGUGGUCCUUGAUGUGUGAUUGUCUUUCCACCCAGAAGCAGUGGCCGUGCAGCGCCCCCACCCCCCAGUGUCAGGGCUCAGGGGAUGUACCCUGCACCCCGCUCCCUGUCUGCGGUGGUCCCAGAGGGGGGGGAUGAUACCCUGAUGCAGGCCAUCCUCAACCUGGACAGAGGGUACGUAUCUAUCUGGUGGUGGUACUGUCCAUUACUAACUGGACAGAGGGUAUGUAUCUGUCUGGUGGUACUGUCCAUUACUAACUGGACAGAGGGUAUGUAUCUAUCUGGUGGUGGUACUGUCCAUUACUAACUGGACAGAGGGUAUGUAUCUGUCUGGUGGUACUGUCCAUUACUAACUGGACAGAGGGUACGUAUCUAUCUGGUGGUGGUACUAUCCAUUACUAACUGGACAGAGGGUACGUAUCUAUCUGGUGGUGGUACUAUCCAUUACUAACUGGACAGAGGGUACGUAUCUAUCUGGUGGUGGUACUAUCCAUUACUAACUGGACAGUGGCCCGUCAGGAAGUCCAGGAUCCAGUUGCAGAGGGAAGUGUUCAGUCCCAGGGUCCUUAGCUUGGUGACGAACAUGGAGGGGACAAUGGUGUUGAACGCUGAGCUGUGGUGGUCAGACUCUACCUAUGUAAAGAAGCUGAUCACUCUCUCUGUGUCCUCUAUCUUGUCUUCUGUAAUUUUACCCUUUACCAUCUUUAGUUGAAUGUACUGAUUAUAAGUCACUCUAAGUGACUGAAAUCCCCCUUCCCUCUCACACCUACAGAAGGAAAGGUCCCUUGCCUCCCCUGAGAACAGAUGUCCCCCCCUCCCCCCACAGCCGGUCCGGCUCCACCGUGAGCAGCAGGAGCUACUCUCCAGAUAGAGGCAAGGGUCUCCUCCACCCCGCCCAGCAGAAGAGUAAGUACCUACCCCACCAGUAAUGUUCCUUUUGGGUUGCAUUCAGUUCAGCAGCUUAUGAAGAGCUGGGAUUCCACCUGAACUUGUCCAAUAGACAGACGAUAGCCCUGUGAAUGGACAUUUUGACCCACUGCAUUAUUGGAACCAGGGGGGAAAAUCCUCCCCAUCCUCGGCCUCUGUAGUUGAAUCUUGUCGUCCCCGUCUGAUGAUGUCAUUGGCGCGCUUUUAGGUGUGGACUAUCCUGAAGCGCUCUCUGGUGCCCCUGUGGCUGUGGGGGAGCAGCCCUGUGGUGGGUGGAUCUUCCCCAAACAGGCCCCUGGACAAGUACCCAUGGGUCAGUGGUGCACUGUGCUGUGUUAGAGCCCUAGCUUUAGAAGUCCACUACUCCAUAGUAGCAUGCAGCGUGUAGCAUGUACUACUAACUCUCUUUACGCUUCAUACGGUCCUACCUGAUUCACAAUAUAGGGUCCAACCGGGCCGGCUUGGUUUCACAUCCACCUUAGUCACUGGAACCGUGCUGGAAAGGGCCAUCUGGAGCCAGCAGCGUCCAGUUUGGGUCACCCUAUAGUGUGAAUCAGCCAUAGUUGUGAUUGUCUCUUCCGCUGAAAGAAAGCUUCCCUUGAAGGGCUGAGCAUCACGAUUCUAUUAGUUUUUUGUUUUUUUUUUUCACCUUUAUUUAACCAGGUAAGCCAGUUGUGAACAAGUUCUCAUUUACAACUGCGACCUGCCCAAGAUAAAGCAAAGCAGUGCGAUAAAAACAACAACAACACAGAGUUACAUAUGGGGUAAACAAAAACAAAACGUACAGUCAAUAACACAAUAGAAAAUCUAUAUACAGUGUGUGCAAAUGUAGUAAGUUAUGGAGGUAAGGCAAUAAAUAGGCCAUAGUGCAAAAUAAUUACAAUUUAGUAUUAACACUGGAAUGGUAGAUGUGCAGAAGAUGAUGUGCAAAUAGAGAGACUGGGGUGCAAAUUAGCAAAAUAAAUAACAAUGUAAAUAACAAUAUGGGGAUGAGGUAGUUGGGUGGGCUAAUUACAGAUGGGCUGUGUACAGGUGCAGUGAUCGGUAAGCUGCUCUGACAACUGAUGCUUAAAGUUAGUGAGGGAGAUAAGUGUCUCCAGCUUCAGAGAUUUUUGCAGUUCGUUCCAGUCAUUUGCAGCAGAGAACUGGAAAGAAUGGCGGCCAAAGGAGGUGUUGGCUUUGGGGAUGACCAGUGAGAUAUACCUACUGGAACGCAUACUACGGGUGGGUGUUGCUAUGGUGACCAAUGAUCUAAGAUAAGGCGGGGAUUUGCCUAGAAGUGAUUUAUAGAUGACCUGGAGCCAGUGGGUUUGGCGACAAAUAUGUAGUGAGGGCCAACCAACGAGCGUGUACAGGUCACAAUGGUGGGUAGCAUAUGGGGCUUUGGUGACAAAACGGAUGGCACUGUGAUAGACUACAUCCAAUUUGCCGAGUUGAGUGUUGGAGGCUAUUUUGUUAAUUCAAGGAUCGGUAGGAUAGUUAGUUUUACGAGGGCAUGUUUAGCAGCAUGAGUGAAGGAGGCUUUGUUGCGAAAUAGGAAGCCGAUUCUAGAUUUAACUUUGGAUUGGAGAUGCUUAAUGUGAGUCUGGAAGGAGAGUUUACAGUCUAACCAGACACCUAGGUAUUUGUAGUUGUCCACAUAUUCUAAGUCAGACCCGCCAAGUGUAGUGAUUCUAGUCGGGCGGGCGGGUGCCAGCAGCGUUCGAUUGAAGAGCAUGCAUUUAGUUUUACUAGCGUUUAAGAGCAGUUGGAGGCCACGGAAGGAGUGUUGUAUGGCAUUGAAGCUCGUUUGGAGGUUUGUUAACACAGUGUCCAAUGAAGGGCCAGAUGUAUACAAAACAGCCAUAUUCAUCAUCUAUAGUAGGUCAUUAGUCAACAGGAGCCGUUCCCAGCUAGUCUCAGUGACUGCCAUGUUCUCUUCUCCAUGGUCUCUCAGGGUGUGAAGAGUAUUGUCAGAGCAGGAUCUCUGGUAAGUACAGGGAAGAGAGGAACCGUAGAUGAGUUCUGGAGACUAUAGUGUGUGUUAGUCUAGAGAAUAAACACAUUAACUGUAGCUAUAUCAUGAACUGUAAUGGGUCUGCAGAAUAAAUGCUGGAUUACUGUUAGUUGAUCAUAAGAAUUCUAUCCUGUGUCUUUAAUGACAUGCAAUCGAUCUAUCCAAUGACCUAUUAUGGAGAAAUGGCUAUUUAACUCCUUGAUCUAACACCAAGUCCCACAAGGUUUAACCACUAAGUUUAAUUGAGAUAUAAAAUAAGGUUUAACCGUGAACCAAUGUUCCCACCCAAUGGCUAGCUCAGCCCAUAAUAAAGGAGAUCUAGGUUUGAAGUUUUCUGUGAAGGGCUUUGUCCUGCUGGGUCUGUUUCAGCUGAGGUAACCUGAGAGAGAGCGUUGCUAAUUGGUCGGCUGGCCUGCCCUCUUCACGCUCUCUGCCACUUUGUUAUGGAUCAUAAAAACGCUGGCGGGUCGUGUGUGUAGAGGAAGGAGUAGGGUGUCUACUCUAAUGGAUAUAACUGCUGUGUGGGUAGACAUGUUAGUGUGGGAGAGGGAUGUUACUGGCCACCAUGUUGGCUCUGUCAAACCCCAGUCACUAUUCAAGUAUUCAAUCCAAAGACAAAAACUAAUAUCCUCCACCCACAGGUUCUCUCUCUCUCUUGUCUUUCUCGGUCUCAAUCCCACUUUCACAUUCAGUUAUGGAGUGUUUUUGAUAACAUGGAAAUGAAUUCUGUUCAACCCACAAAGUCGGCCAAAAGGAUUUGACACAGUCACACACAUCCCUCCACUAGAAAUAAUGUAAUUGAAAACAUAUCCACAAUCAGAAUUUCGUUUAGCAAUUUAUCUGAAUAAUGUAACGGUAAAUGAUGAAGAGAUCCUCUUAAUAAAAUAUGGAACCAUCAGGUCAUUUGAAUUUCCACUCUGAGUGUCUGAGCAUGGUCUUUGAAGUGACACAGACAUGGGCCUAUUGGGUAAUUGGCCAUGGCGCCUGGGGUGGUGCCCACUGGGCAUCGAGUGCUGCUUGGGCAUCAAGCCUCUGGCAACACUGAGGUCAGAGAGAAUGAGUGAGAGAGCGAGAGACGGAAAGAGGAGAGUGUCAAUGGACGAAUGAGGUCAUGUAGCGUCGAGGUUCAAUUCAGCCCCAAGUCUGACUAGCCUGCAGGGUGUCUCCUAGUGCAGUUCCCCCUAGGCUUAUUAUGCAACCAUCCACAGGAUAUGAUCAGUGCAGAGGGGAUAAGCCCGGAUGAGAGGAGUAAAAAUAGAGGGUUUACAUCCAAAAUAAUAACAGGAUCUGGACAAAGCAAAGAUCCAAUGCGAUGGUGGAUGGAGAGCAGAGGGGACCAUCUGGUUGUGUAGACUAGGUGAGCUGUAUACCCCUGGCCCCUCCCACAGGAACCUACCUGGCUGUGUCAGAACAUGUCAAAACGCCUUUAUUACCCCCCAAUAAGCUCACACUAUAUGCUUAGUGGGCUUUUUCAUUGUACUGGCUCCAGGUCUGGUUUUCUGAAUGAAUCCCUCCUCAACCCACUCCCUCAGACUCUUACUCUGUUGUGUUCCUCUCUUUCUCUCUCCAGACAAAGACAGGCUCCCUGGUCAUUCUCAGGACGGGUCACCUCAGAGCACAGCGUCCACUAAGGUGAGUCCUGCUGUUGAAGUGUUUUACACAUUUAAAACACACACAGGGGCAAAAAGGAAGAGUCACCACUAUAGGUAGCGGUUCAUGCUUCAAGUCAUGUCAGUGUGUGGUAUAUUUAAGGAAUAAGGCCCGAGGGGGUGUGGUAAAUGGCCAAUAUACCACGGCUAAGGGCUGUUCUUAGGCAUAUACCCUUAGCCGUGGUAUAUUGACCAUAUACCACAACCCCCCGAGGUGCUUUAUUGCUAUUAUAAGAUGGUUACCAACGUAAUUAGAGCAGUAAAAAUAAAUGUUUUGUCAUACCCGUGGUAUACGGUCUCAUAUACCACGGCAUUCAGGACUCGAACCACCCAGUUUAUAAUAUUCGCCUUAGCAUCUCCAAGUAGAGAGAUGGAUGUCUGGAACUUUAGAUCCAAUUCACUGAUGUUCCUUCCCAGCCCUUGGUUUUCCCUGGCUGAGUGGAGCUAGUCUCCCCAUGGGGAUAUGCUAGGUAGACUGGCUGAGUGGAGCUAGUCUCCCCAUGGGGAUAUGCUAGGUAGACUGGCUGAGUGGAGCUAGUCUCCCCAUGGGGAUAUGCUAGGUAGACUGGCUGAGUGGAGCUAGACUCCCCAUGGGGAUAUGCUAGGUAGACUGGCUGAGUGGAGCUAGACUCCCCAUGGGGAUAUGCUAGGUAGACUGGCUGAGUGGAGCUAGUCUCCCCAUGAGGAUAUGCUAGGUAGACUGGCUGAGUGGAGCUAGACUCCCCAUGGGGAUAUGCUAGGUAGACUGGCUGAGUGGAGCUAGUCUCCCCAUGGGGAUAUGCUAGGUAGACUGGCUGAGUGGAGCUAGACUCCCCAUGGGGAUAUGGGAUAUUCAAUGUUAAUUAGUUUUUCCCUCUGCCUUUCUCUUGAAGACUAAAGCGGUACUGACUUGAGUGCAAGUGUAGUCACUUAAAAAUAACUGUCACAACACUCUUCUGCUGACAGCCUGAUGGAGUUGUUGAUAGAAUAAUUUGGUAAUGACUAGUUAUUACACCCCAGAACUGUGUGAAAUGGGUUAGAAUCAUAAGACUAUAAUCUGAUAAUGUGUGUAGCUUAGUUAGAAGUACAAUGAGACAGUUGUCUUAUUUUUGUAGUUAGGCAUGCAGAAGGGCAAAACGAUUGAAACCAAUAACAGGAGACCAGUUUCAAAAACAGAUGUCCCCACACAGGGAAAGGGAGUGAAAGGCUUGCAGAAUAUUGUGAGAACAGCGAUAACUAUGUAUGGGAAUAGAGAAAAACUGCAGCCUGCCCGAGCAAGUAGUAGACUAUGAUAAGAAUGUGUGUGUGUGUGUGUGUGUGUGUGUGUGUGUGUGUGUGUGUGUGUGUGUGUGUGUGUGUGUGACCUGAUGGUCAGGACAGCAGAGGAUAACCACAUGAGCUACCCGAGUGGCGCAGUGGUCUAAGGCACUGCAUCGCAGUGCUAACUGGUGCCACUAGAGAUCCUGGUUCGAAUCCAGGCUCUGUCGCAGCCGGCCGUGACCGGGAGACCCAUGGGCGGCGCACAAUUGGCCCAGCGUCGUCCAGGGUAGGGGAGGGAAUGGCCGGCAGGGAUGUAGCUCAGUUGAUAGAGCAUGGCGUUUGUAACGCCAGGGUUGUGGGUUUGAUUCCCACGGGGGGCCAGUAUAAAAAAAUAUAUUUAUUCACUAACUGUAAGUCGCUCUGGAUAAGAGCGUCUGCUAAAUGACUAAAAUGUAAAAUGUAAAUGUAAGCUAAACCCAGGUGUGAGCUUACAAGAUGUGUACAGUGGAAAAUACAGCCGCCUAAAGCGGAGUGGGAUUUUUCCUCUGACGUAUGUGUAUAAAAAUAUUGUGUGCCCAUUUUGGGACAGAGCGCUCUCUGAAUAAAUACUGAUCAUUGCAGAAAGGGGGCUUUGUUUAAUUCAUUAUUUAAUUAGAGAUUUACAACCUCUGGGAAUUAUUCAAAGAUUUGAGAAGUAGUUGACUUCAACCAUUGAGAUGACAAAAUUCUCGUGAUAGUUGUUUAACAUGCUCCUCCCACCCCACUGUGUCUGUCUUUAUGUGGGUCUGUGUGGGUCUGUGUCAGUGGGUCAGAUAACCUAUGGUCAGAGAGCAGAUGGAAAACAGACUGACACCGCCCAUGGGCAAGUAAACUAGACUAAGAGCACUGGCCGUGCUGAGUCUACAUGCAGGCCACUAGGAAUACCUAGAGACUAACCAGGCCUGGGCCAGAUGACCGUGAGACCUAGCAGCGGCGCCAACUGGCCAGUAAUCCUAGAGGUAGAGAGGCCCAUGGGCAGGUGUAACCUAGAUAGCAGCCAUGGGCGUUUAAUCCAGUAUGAUAGAGUUCAACCCCUGGGCCAGAUAAAAGAUCUAAGAUAUACUUCACAGAUAAACUAAGUCGCUAUGGUCAGCAGGUCUGGGCCAAAUAACUAGAGACAGCACAGCCACUGGCCAGAUAACCUAGAGCUAGCACAGCCCACUGGGCCAGAUACACCUAGAGCCUAGCAGCAGGCCCACUGGGCCAGAAACCUAGAGACUAGCAGCAGGCCCACUGGGCCAGAUAAACCUAGAGACUAGCAGCAGGCCCACUGGGCCAGAUAACCUAGAGACUAGCAGCAGGCCCACUGGGCCAGAUAAACCUAGAGACUAGCAGCAGGCCCACUGGGCCAGAUAACCUAGAGACUAGCAGCAGGCCCACUGGCCGAUAACCUAGAGACUAGCAGCAGCCCACUGGGCCAGAUAACCUAGAGACUAGCAGCAGGCCACGGGUAGUACUCCAGACCAGUGCAGCAUGCCAAAUGGUGAAGUAACUAGCAUCUCACCAGCACCCACUGUGCCAUGUCCUAUUACUCACAGCCAUGGUAUCCUGAUGCCACCAUGUGAAUACAUAGAGCUAGCAGCAUGGCCCACUGGCCAAUACACCUAGAGCCUAGCAGCAGCCCACUGGCCGAUACACCUGAUGACUAGACAGCAGCCCACUGGCCAGAUACAAACUAGAGACUAGCAGCAGGCCCAUGGCCAAUAAACUAGAGACUGCACAGGCCCCAUACUGAUAUAGGGCCUGAUCCACCUAGAACAUAGCAGCAGCCACUGGGCCAGAUACAAACUAGAGGACUAGACAGGCCCCUGGGCCAGAUAACUGAGACUAGAGCAGCCCAUGGGCCAGAUAAACCUAGAGACUACAGCAGGCCACUGGGCCAGAUAAACCUAGAGACUAGCAGCAGGCCCACUGGGCAAUAAACCUAGAGACUAGCACAUGCCCACUGGGCAGAUAACUAGAGCUAGCAGCAGGCCCACUGGGCAGAUAAACCUGAGACUAGAUCACCCACUGGGCCGAUAAACUAGAGACUAGCAGCAGGCCCACUGGGCCGAUAACCUAGAGACUAGCAGCCAGCCACUGGCCAGAUAACCUAGAGACUAGCAGCAGGCCCUGAUGUCCCAGCCAUACUGAAACAUAGAGUGCUGAUGCAUCCAGCCAUUGAUACGAUAGAGUCAUGCCUGAUGCCCACCAUACUGAAUACAUAGAGCUGCCUGAUGCUCCACCAUACAGAAUACAUAGAGCUGCCUGAUGCUCCACCAUACUGAAUACAUAGAGCUGCCUGAUGGCCCACCAUACUGAAUACAUAGAGCUGCCUGAUGCUCCACCAUACUGAAUACAUAGAGCUGCCUGAUGGCCCACCAUACUGAAUACAUAGAGCUGCCUGAUGCUCCACCAUACUGAAUACAUAGAGCUGCCUGAUGCUCCACCAUACUGAAUACAUAGAGCUGCCUGAUGCUCCACCAUACUGAAUACAUAGAGCUGCCUGAUGCUCCACCAUACUGAAUACAUAGAGCUGCCUGAUGCUCCACCAUACUGAAUACAUAGAGCUGCCUGAUGCUCCACCAUACUGAAUACAUAGAGCUGCCUGAUGCUCCACCAUACUGAAUACAUAGAGCUGCCUGAUGCCCCCACCUACUGAAACAUAGAGCUGCUGAUGCUCCACCAUACUGAAUACAUAGAGCUGCCUGAUGCUCCACCAUACUGAAUACAUAGAGCUGCCUGAUGCUCCACCAUACUGAAUACAUAGAGCUGCCUGAUGCUCCACCAUACUGAAUACAUAGAGCUGCCUGAUGCUCCACCAUACUGAAUACAUAGAGCUGCCUGAUGCUCCACCAUACUGAAUACAUAGAGCUGCCUGAUGCUCCACCAUACUGAAUACAUAGAGCUGCCUGAUGCUCCACCAUACUGAAUACAUAGAGCUGCCUGAUGCUCACCAUACUGAAUACAUAGAGCUGCCUGAUGCUCCAUACAUAGAGCUGCCUGAUGGCCCACCAUACUGAAUACAUAGAGCUGCCUGAUGCUCCACCAUACUGAAUACAUAGAGCUGCCUGAUGGCCCACCAUACUGAAUACAUAGAGCUGCCUGAUGCUCCACCAUACUGAAUACAUAGAGCUGCCUGAUGCUCCACCAUACUGAAUACAUAGAGCUGCCUGAUGCUCCACCAUACUGAAUACAUAGAGCUGCCUGAUGCUCCACCAUACUGAAUACAUAGAGCUGCCUGAUGCUCCACCAUACUGAAUACAUAGAGCUGCCUGAUGCUCCACCAUACUGAAUACAUAGAGCUGCCUGAUGCUCCACCAUACUGAAUACAUAGAGCUGCCUGUUACGCUAGUGACGCUACAUUAACUAUGGUCUCUGUUUCAUCAUAUCAUCUCUAACAAACAAACCUCUUAAACUAUUCCGGAACAUCUUAGAACUGUUCAAACGCUGUCAAGCAUCUGAUGCCAGUUGUGUUAGUAAAUAUUUGCUGUAUACUCUGGGUAUGAUCAUUCUUUUGAUCGGAUUGACAUUUAGACAACUGUUUGAAACUAGCCAGACACUUUCUGAAGCUUUAUCCUCCCAGAGAUCUGAAGGCCCACACUGCACGGUACCUCCCUUGGAGAUCGUGUGUGUGUGUGUGUGUGCGUGCGUGUACACACCAAUAAACCCUCUGUGAUGAAAGUAGAUUUUUUUUUUUGUGAGAGUCCUGCGACCCCCUCCAUCCCUCUGUUUGAUCUGGUCACGACAGGCAUUCAGGCGGUGUGUUCUCCACCCCUCUCCCUGGUUUAGAACCCAUAACCUUAGACAAGAUCAAAGAGCUCUGCCGUUAGUAAACUCAUUUUAAUGGGAGACCGUGUAGGUUCAAUAAACACUCUUGCUUUUGGGAGUUAUCCUUAGGAGAACACAGACACACACAGGCACCAGGUCUCACAGGGUAACUGCUCAGGCUUAUACAUACUCUACCAGUCAAAGGUUUGGACACACCUACUCAUUCAAGAGUGUUUCUUUAUUUUUACUAUUUUCUACAUUGUAGAAUAAUAGUGAAGACAUCAAAACUAUGAAAUAACACAUAUGGAAUCAUGUAGUAACCAAAAAAGUGUUAAACAAAUCAAAAUAUAUUUUAUAUUUGAGAUUCAUCAAAUAGCCACCCUUUGCCUUGAUGACAGCUUUGCACACUCUUGGCAUUCUCUCAACCCGCUUCACCUGGAAUGCUUUUCCAACAGUCUUGAAGGAGUUCCCACAUGCUGAGCACUUGUUGGCUGCUUUUCCUUCACUCUACAGUCCAACUCAUCCCAAACCAUCUCAAUUUGGUUGAGGUUGGGGGAUUGUGGAGGCCAGGUCAUCUGAUGCAGCACUCCAUCACUAUCCUUCUUGGUAAAAUAGCCCAGGUGUGUUGUGUCAUUGUCCUGUUGAAAAAUAAAUAACAGUCCCACUAAGCCCAAACCAGAUGUGAUGGCAUAUUGCUGCAGAAUGCUGUGGUAGCCAUGCUGGUUAAGUGUGCCUUGAAUUCUAAAUAAAUCACUGACAGUGUCACCAGCAAAGCACCCCCACACCAUAACACCACCUCCUCCAUGCUUUACAGUGGGAACUACACAUGCGGAGAUCAUCACAAGGCCUGAUUCACACAGUCCCCUCUGAACAAUUGAUGUUGAGAUGUGUCUGUGACUUGAACUGUGAAGCAUUUAUUUGGGCUGCAAUUUCUGAGGCUGGUAACUCUAAUGAACUUAUCCUCUGCAGCAGAGGUAACUCUGGGUCUUCCAUUCCUGUGGCGGUCCUCAUGAGAGCCAGUUUCAUCAUAGCGCUUGAUGGUUUUUGCGACUGCACUUGAAGAAACUUUCAAAGUUCUUCAAAUGUUCCGUAAUGACUGACCUUCAUGUCUUAAAGUAAUGAUGGACUGAUGUUUCUCUUUGCUUAUUUGAGCUGCCAUAAUAUGGACUUGGUCUUUUACCAAAUAGGGCUGUCUUCUGUAUACCCCCCCUACCUUGUCACAACACAACUGAUUGGCUCAAAUGCAUUAAGAAGGAAAGAAAUUCCACAUUUUUAAGAAAUGCAUUCCAGGUGACUACCUCAUGAAGCUGGUUGAGAGAAUGCCAAGAGUGUGCAAAGCUGUCAUCAAUGCAAAGGGUGGCUACUUUGAAGAAUCUCAAAUCUAAAAUAUAUUUUGAUUUGUUUAACACUUUUUGGGUUACUACAUGAUUCCAUAUGUGUUAUUUCAUAGUUUUGAUGUCUUCACUAUUAUUCUACAAUGUAAAAAUAAAGAAAAACCCUUGAAUGAGUAGGUGUGUCCAAACUUUUUUUUACUGGUAGUGUAUCUGGGAUGCUUAGGGUUUCUUUAUGAUGUGUUCUUAAAGGCUGGACAUUGAAGUGGGACUGGGAGAGAGAGAGCCUGGCUGCGUUUACACAGGCAACCCCAUUCUGAUUUCUUUCCACUAAUUGAUAUUUUGGCCAAUCACAUCAGAUCUUUUCACAUCAUAUAUUUUUUAGAGCCCCACUCACUCUCUUCCUGGUUGCCCUCCAUGCUUGGCUUUGUGAUCCCCCAUUUUCAUAUAUUUUUCUAUUUUCUUCUUCUUGGAGGAUGGAGGGUCACUAAUGCGACUUCACUUGCUUCCUCUCUCCAGAAUGAGCGUAUUUAAUCAAGCGUAGCCAGCUCUCCGCUUCCCCAGUCCUCUAGCUAGCCCCUUAAUGUACAAUAGGAAAUGAGGAUUGAGCGAUGCAGAGGGGGAGAGGUUGAAAGAGAGAGAGACGGCGAGAUCCAGCAGUAUAGAAGCAAUGAUCGAAGUUGGCCUCGUUUCUCCCUGUCUUAGUCUCUGACAUGCGGCUGCUGCCAUCGCUGUGGGGUCAGUCUAUUAUACCCAGUGGGGAGGGAGGGAUAAUAUUGCUUGGCUGGCUGAUCUCUCUCUCUACUAUAGAUGGUUAGUUGGAGCUCUGCUAUGUGAUUUGAUCACAGUACUUUAUGCAAUGCAAACGUCUCAUUUUGUUUUGGCUAUUUCUCUGUGGGCUUAUUUAAACUUUUCCCAUGAUGCACAGCUGAAACCUAAAAGGAGGGAAAGCUCCACUUAGAUACUGACCAGAGCACUGUGUGUGUUUUGGACUCUCUGGGUAUGACCACACUGUUUGAGGGGAACACUCAUAUCGAAUCACUGGCAAUGAUAGCAGAGGGGACAAUGCAGAAGUACUUUAUGCUUUUAAAAAGUUAGGUUUUUUGUUUUAAAUUGAACUUAAAAUAGACUUAAAUUAAUAUGAAAUAAACUAAGCUUAUGUUCAGUAUUCAGAAAUCCUUUCUUCAGACAGUAGAGUAACCAGGCCACCAUCUCUCUCUUUCUCCCCAGGAGGUGGCUCAUAUCCUGGAGGGGGACCGCGAGGAGGGCCUGCCCUCCAUCGAUGAGACCCCCAAGACCCUGGAUGACUUCCAGGAGCGCCGAGCGCUGGCCAUCGCAGCCAAGGCCCGGGAAAUAGAGAAGGUACCUAACACAGCCAUGUCUCAGGCGUGGUUAGGCCACAUUCAUGCUUCAGUGUAUUUGUCAUAUGUAUAAUAAUACAGUGAAAUGCUUUCUCAAAAGAGACUUUGCCAUAAUCAAUCAGGUCAUGUGGUCAGGAAAAGCUUGAAAAACAUUAGUGUAAUUAGGGCCUGGAGUUUUUCCUUAUCCUGUUAGCUGUCAGCUAAAAAUUCCUGGGCAGAGUCAUGGUUUCAUAUCAGUGUGUUUCUGUAGCUAGUACCCUGGCUCCCUCCUGCAUUACUGCAAAUAGCCAGACACCCAUACAUACAUACCAGGUUUAUAUACCACCAGCCUAGCUCAGCCCAGGUUUAUAUACCACCACCACCAGCCUAGUUCAGCCCAGGUUUAUAUACCACCACCACCACCGCAGCCCUAGUUCACCCAGGUUUAUAUACCCACCACCCACCAGCCAGCAGCCUAGUUUCACAGCCCAGGUUUAUAUACCACCACCAGCCUAGUUCAGCCAAGGUUUAUAUACCACCACCACCCACCUAGUUCAGCCCAGGUUUAUAUACCACCACCACCACAGCCUAGUUCAGCCCAGGUUUAUAUACCACCACCACCAGCCUAGUCAGCCCAGGUUUAUAUACCACCACCAGCCUAGUCAGCCCAGGUUUAUAUACCACCACCACCAGCAGCCUAGUUCAGCCCAGGUUUAUAUACCACCACCACCAGCCUAGUUCAGCCCAGGUUUAUAUACCACCACCCACAGCCUAGUUCAGCCCAGGUUUAUAUACCACCACCACCACCAGCCUAGUUCAGCCUAGGUUUAUAUACCACCACCACCUAGUCAGCCCAGGUUUAUAUACACCACCACCACAGCCUAGCUCAGCCCAGGUUUAUAUACCACCACCACCACCAGCCUAGCUCAGCCCAGGUUUAUAUACCACCACCACCACCAGCCUAGCUCAGCCCAGGUUUAUAUCACCACCACCAGCCUAGCUCAGCCCAGGUUUAUAUACCACCACCACCACCAGCCUAGUUCAGCCCAGGUUUAUAUACCACCACCACCAGCCUAGUUCAGCCCAGGUUAUAUACCACCACCACCACCAGCCAGUCCCUAGUUGAAGCCCAGGUUUUAUCUACCACCACCACCACCGCCUAGUUUCAGCCCAGGUUUAUGAUACCACCUACCACCACCAGCAGCCUAGUUCAGCCUAGGUUGUAUAUAUACCACCACCAGCAGCCGGUUCAGCCCAGGUUUAUAUUACCACCAACCACAACCAAGCCUAGUUCAGCCUAGGUUAUAUUUCAUACCACCACCACCUUCAGCCUAGGGUUUAUAUACCACCACCGCCACCAGCCUGCUCAGCCCAGGUUAUAUACCCACCACCCGCCUAGGCGCAGACCCAGGUUUAUAUACCAACCACCAGCCUAGCUUCAAGGCCCAAAGGUUUAUAUACCACCACCAGCCUAGCUCAGCCCAGGUUUAUAUACCACCACUACCACCAGCCUAGUUCAGCCCAGGUUUAUAUAACACCACCCAGCCUCCCACCACCCAGCUCACCCAUGGUUUUCCCUUAGGUCUUAACUGUUCCUUACUCGUUCUAUCCCUGCACAGCAGACAUGUACGACCCAGGAAAAUGCCUUUUCAAUUUGAGAAUGAAAAUGCAGGCAAGGGGGGAGAUAGAAAGCACCCGAGGCGUGUGUGUUUGUGUGUGUGUGGUGUGUGUGUGUGUGUGUGUGUGUGUUAUCCAAUGCGCCCAGUGAGCUAAUGAAGGCCAUCUCUGCUGUUUUACUGAGCUCAUUAAACCUGAGAUAGCUCUCUACCCCAGGAGGACACUAACACACACAGAGCCCUUCUGUGGAGCUGCACCUCAGAACAUGGCUGUUACAACAGUGCUGACACGGCAGCUUCCUAAACGUUUUAUGCCCUCUUCCCUCAGAGAAAAAAGUUUGAGGGGGCCAUAGUAAGGAUCGUGUUGUUAAACAUAGCUCUCCUCUAGGUCUGGUCAGAGAACACAUCUGGUCAGCUCUCCUCUAGGUCUGGUCAGAGAACACAUCUGGUCAGCUCUCCUCCAGGUCUAGUCAGAGAACACAUCUGGUCAGCUCUCCUCCAGGUCUAGUCAGAGAACACAUCUGGUCAGCUUUCCUCUAGGUCUAGUCAGAGAACACAUCUGGUCAGCUUUCCUCUAGGUCUAGUCAGAGAACACAUCUGGUCAGCUCUCCUCUAGGUCUAGUCAGAGAACACAUCUGGUCAGCUCUCCUCCAGGUCUAGUCAGAGAACACAUCUGGUCAGCUCUCCUCUAGGUCUGGUCAGAGAACACAUCUGGUCAGCUCUCCUCCAGGUCUAGUCAGAGAACACAUCUGGUCAGCUCUCCUCUAGGUCUAGUCAGAGAACACAUCUGGUCAGCUCUCCUCCAGGUCUAGUCAGAGAACACAUCUGGUCAGCUCUCCUCUAGGUCUGGUCAGAGAACACAUCUGGUCAGCUCUCCUCUAGGUCUAGUCAGAGAACACAUCUGGUCAGCUCUCCUCUAGGUCUAGUCAGAGAACACAUCUGGUCAGCUCUCCUCUAGGUCUGGUCAGAGAACACAUCUGGUCAGCUCUCCUCUAGGUCUAGUCAGAGAACACAUCUGGUCAGCUCUCCUCUAGGUCUAGUCAGAGAACACAUCUGGUCAGCUCUCCUCCAGGUCUAGUCAGAGAACACAUCUGGUCAGCUCUAGGUCUAGUCAGAGAACACAUCUAGCAUUAAAUUCAUAAUAAGAUGUAAUGUUUAUGUUGAAAGCAAUACCUUUAUGUGUCACAUUGAAGUUUGUCUUGAUCUCACUGCAAACUGACAGUGAGAUAGAUGGACGGUAAUAUUUCAAUAGAAAGCUCCUUUUUGUGUGGUUGAAGCGUAGGCUUGUAUUUGACGUGAUGUGCUGUCAGAGAACGCAAAAGAGAUGUCCCAAACCAGUACUUCAAAACCUAUUGUUCAGUCCUCUUUCUAUCUGAAUAAAGAAGCAUUGCUUUAGAGAAACUAUUCCUGAGAGCACUGGGCCUCUCCUCAACAGCAUCUGUUUUUAUCCUCUGAAUUUUUUCACUUUGCUGCUCUUUUCCAAACCAAGUGAUUGAAGUGUUUGUUUAUGUCCUCAGAUCAUGCAUAGUUACGCGACACGGCAUGGAAUCCUUUCAAGAAACAACCCCCCUUAUUUCACAUUAGAAAGGUCUGUGAAGUGAAAUGAGGCUCUCCUCUGCAGUAAUGGUUAACCGCUCAACAAGUGUCAACCAGAUGUCAACCGCACACACACACACACACACACACACACACACAAAGAUAUGUUUAUUUCCCCUCCACAAUCUGGUCUAGCCAUCUCCUCCACUGUACGCUUAGCCUAUACUGGCAGCCUCAACCCUCUACGUUUUCCACAUACCUCCUGUAGUCCCAUAUAGCCUACAUACCUCCUGUAGUCCCAUAUAGCCUACAUACCUCCUGUAGUCCCAUAUAGCCUACAUACCUCCUGUAGUCCCAUAUAGCCUACAUACCUCCUGUAGUCCCAUAUAGCCUACAUACCUCCUGUAGUCCCAUAUAGCCUACAUACCUCCUGUGUGUGUUUGUAGCUAAGUGAAAUUGGACUAAAUUCCACCUCCAUGGCCUUCUCACAGUAGAGGAGGAGGAGGCAUAUGAAUGGCGCUACAAGCUUAGCUCACUGCCAUGGAGUGGUAGAAAGGCAUGGGUGGCAUUCAGUCUGUAUAGGGCCUAUUCAUCAUCAUCUAGAAUGUGGCACCAGACUAGGGCUGUGUCCCAAAUGGUGCCCUAUUCCCUUUAUAGUGCACUACUUUUGACCAGGGCUCUAUGUAGGGAAUAGGGUGCCGUUUGGGACACAGGUUAUGAGGUAGGCCGUACCCCUCAUAACCUGGAAAGCCGGUAGCAUGUUUUGAUUUAAUAGUGACCCUUUAAGCUCCAAAGCCACAAUGUGUGGCCUCUCCUCCUCCUCAGCCCCCAGGCUCUAAUCAGAGAGGGGCUGUGGACCCUGUCUCCGUGUCCCGGCUGGGUCCCCUCCCUGUCCUUCCGGUGUACGGUAUCUCUCUGAUCCACAGCCCAGAGAUCAGGCCCUGCACUCCCACCAGUCAACGCCUCCGUGCUCAAAGCAACAGCCACCCACACCUCCAGUGGUCAAGAGCAACUUCCUCCUUGAUUGGGUAA